CUUGUGAAAUACGCAAAUGUCCAACAUACACAGUUUGUAACCGCCGUUAAUCGUUUAUAAAUAAUUAAGCAUUGUUUUCAUUAUAGAUGCAACAUGUCUAUGUUAAAACCAUGGAUCCUGAAUCUGAUUCUGAGUGAACGGGAUACACCUGAUUGCAUUACCAGGACUGUCAAGAAUUUAGGGUUCAAAAGCACCUCUGUAGAUGGAGACAAAGUGUGCCUUGUCACUGAUGGCUCGAUAGCAAUAACAUCAUCCUUCUUGAAGUCAGCUGUUCGAAAGGCUCUUGCAGAACUGGACGACACAGAAGCUGACUGGAGUAGUGCCCUGCUUAUACUGGUCAGCUAUAAAUUGCAACUCAAAAUCCCACAGGAACAAGGAUGUAGGGGCGGGGGUGCAGAGUAUGUUUUGAUCGUAGACAGGUUCAAAAUCUGGGAUUUGCAGCGAGGCAACACAUUAAAGAAAGACGUGAAACUCUGUAUGAAAUGUGAACCUGUAAUGAAGAAGAUGGAAGAAGAUUUAAACCAAAGAAAAGAGGCCUCUGAGACUGGCGGCUUGUCAGAGUUGCUCCUGCACAUCCCCCUAUCUGAUACCUCCCUACAGCUCUCGUGUGAUGUCACAUGCGACAUGUCGAUGGAUUGCGAAGAUGGCAGCACCGCUGUUUCACCAACGCCACCACCAGCUGGGCUUGAGACCUCCCUACAACUUUCGUGUGACGCCUCCAUGGAUCCAGAAGAGAGCAGCACAGAUGUAACACCACCUCCACAAAGAGCUGGGCCUGGGUUCCAAAUGCCAGCGCAGUCGAACAGUGAGGUUCAGCAAUUAACUGAUUCAUUGUUGCAGACGUUGUUUCAGCCCUUCUCCAUUGAAGAGUUUCAGCUCCCAGUCUCACAGCUAACUCCGCUUGACUGCAUACCAGAGUGGCAAGCUGGUUACAAGCCUCAAAAUAGUUUACAUGAAGCCAACUCCGAAUUAGAGAGUCAACAGCAUGUGUCACUGUGUCUGGAUAUGCCUGGCUGUACAUCUUCAGAAUCUGCAACCAUUAACCGGGACCUUUUUGGUAAAAAAUGUCUGCCAAAUUUGGAUGUAAAUGGUCAAAGAGCAAUGAACCUUACCUCAAGCUCUACUCGGGCAGAAGAAGAAAAUAUUGGAGCUGAAGUAUUGUCUUCAAAAAGUGUCAGCAUAUUGCAUACAAAUUUCAUGAACAUUUCCAGCCUUUCGGAUUUAAGUUUGAACUUCACCAAUACAAGUACUCCACAUGGUGAGGGGAGUAACUCCAGCGCAGAGUUCAGCUUUGAAAAAAGCACUGAUGGCAGUAUUGUGUCCCCUUCCCCAGAGGCAUCUGUGAAUGGUGCAGGAAAUAGAACACAGAUUUCUAUUCCACCAUGGUCAAAAUUAGCACAAGGCUGCAGGCCACGCCCUGAAGCAGAUAGUUCUACUGCACAGAAGGAAAAUGACUCAUUGAACUUCACGUGUUCCCAGAACCUGACCUUUGAUGAUAAUUACACAAUGACAAUGGCACACAGCACCCAGAAUGGCAGAGAAUUGAAGUAUAUUGGAAGGCCAGUGCAGAACAAUAGUCAAACUGCGGAAGAAAUAUCAGAGCAUUUGGAUUCACAGGCUGAUGGUGCAAAAUGUACCUCAGAGUUACAGCUGUCAUCUUCUAGGAAUGUGCUAGACCUUAAUGAAGACAACUUGGUGUCAGUGUCAUGUGAUAACAAAACUGAGCAUAUCAAAACAAUUGCUAGUGUGAUUUCUGAGGAUUCAAGGGUGGAGAAAUUGGUAAAAGUGGUUUUUGCUAAAAAAUCCCAGGAACAGAGAAACAUAAACAAAAACAGUGAUCAGCCUCUGAGGCAACUGGGAAAAGAACCCAGUAGCAUGGAGCAGCAUCUGGGGAGAGAACUGGGUAAUAUUGAUCAACAUGGAAAAGAACCCAUAAACAUCUCACAUCAUCAAGGGAAUGCAACCUCUUAUACUGUUCAUAUUUUACACAACAAGGUGACCGAAACAGGACCCAACCUGACUGAAAACCAAUUUUCUAAAACAACGCAAAGUCUUUCAAAGAAACAAGAUGAAACAUAUGUAAUUGAGAGGCCAGUUUCUGUAGCACAUGGACAUGCUGUGGUUGCGAAUGCUUCAUCUGAAAGUUCAGUAUUGUCUGAGUUAUCUUGUAUGUCUGCUGACGAUUACACUGCAGUGAAAUUGUAUUACAACCAGAGCCCAUCAGAGUCAACACAGAAUCGGACUGAGAGUGUUGUAAAUACUGGAACGGAAAUAAGUAGCACAUGUCAAAGUUCUGAGACGUCUUAUCCCAAUUCUUUGUCCACAAACACGGUUGGUUCUGUGAGAACAGUUGAAACUCAAAGGUCUAAUGAAACUUUGGGAGUCUCCAACAAAGAUUCAGAUUUAGGUUCUGUGGACCUCAAUUUGACUGAUUUAAGUGAUGUUAAUGAGGAAAUUGUAAAAGAAAUGGAUAAAAUAGAAAGUAGUUCAGAGCUAGGAAAGAAUCAGUCAAUGUAUACUAGAGAAGUGGAUACAUGCAAUUCAAACUUAAUUGUUCACACUGAAAACAAAGUAACUUUAAAAAGUAAGGCAGGUAAUGCAUUUUUUGAUCCAGAAAUUGGCAGCAAUGAGCGUUCAAGGAAAUUAAGGAAAAAAGUUGAAAGAGCAAGAUCCAACAGUGAAAAAAUUGAAAAGAAAAUUGCAAGCAACUGGAAUGAACAAUUCAUGGAUUUUGCCAAGAAGUUUGAUAGAGAAAAGCAAUCAAAUAAGCAGAGCAAGUCUUGCUUCAUUGAUGCCAAUAAUACAAAAAAUGUUACAUCUAAACAGAAAGAACAAAAACAAAAUGAAGCCAAAUAUGUUCAAAAAUCAGUUGAAAAGGAGUCAUAUCAUGUUGUAGAUGAUACUUAUGAAAAUGUUGAGGCAAAACAAAAACAAGAUACAUGGGAAGCAAGAACUGUUGGUAGAUUAGUAACAAGAUUGAAACGCGGAAAGUUUGAAAAACUUUAUUAUGAACGUAUAAAGGUACCUACGUGUACAACAUCAUCUUCCCAUAAAGAUAAUAACACACCAGCAUGCAUAAACCCUAGUGAUAACACACCAGCUAGUGUAAACCUUAGUGAUAACACAUCAGCCAGUCUAAACCCUAGUGACAACACACCAGCUAGUGAAAACCCUAGUGAUAACACACCAGCCAGUGUAAACCCUAGUGAUAACACACCAGCCAGUGUAAACCCUAGUGAUAACACACCAGCCAGUGUAAACCCUAGUGAAAACACACCAGCGUGUGUAAACCUUAGUGAAAAUACACCAUCAUGUGUAAACCCUAGUGAUAAAACACCAGCCAAUGUAAACCCUAGUGAUAACACGCCAGCCAGUGUAAACCCUAGUGAAAACACACCAGCGUGUGUAAACCUUAGUGAAAACACACCAUCAUGUGUAAACCCUAGUGAUAAAACACCAGCCAAUGUAAACCCUAGAAAGAAUAAGACUGACAAAGUAUAUGAGCUGAGGGGAACAAAUAGACAGAAGAAACGAAAAAGUCCUCGCCAAAAUCAGUUAAAACCAAACAAAGAAAAUCUCAAUAAACAAUAUUUCAUUUAUAAAGGAAUCCAGUUUAAACCAUGUGUAGUCAGGUUGGACAGUCUGAAUAAAAUCAUAGAAAGGGAACUACAAAAGCUUUCGAAAAAAGAAGGAGAAAAUAUAGACUCAGCGGACAAAGUAGAUAAGUCAGUUGCAGAGUCUUCUAAAUCAUUAGAAGUGCUUUCACAGGAAGCAUUCAUGAAAUUGAUGGGUAUGAGUCAGUCUCAGCAGGAACGAGUCCAGCUACAGGGUUAUGAACAGUGUGAUAAAGAAACACUAUAUGAUAAAUUAUCAAUGCAUCAAUUGUCAGGGGAUCAUGAAAAAAAAGAAAACAUGGAAAAUCAGGAUUGCACUGUAAAUUUACUGGCUUCAAAUGCAACUGACAUUACACAUGGUAAGUCUGUCACUAGUAAUUUUGAUAAUUCAGAAAAAUCACAUAUUCAAAACGAGAUGGAUAUACUAGAAAGCAAGAACAAUAGUGGGAGUAGGCCAACAGCUGAUUUGUUAGUAAAAGCAGGAUGCAUUGUUAAUUCAGAAGUGUUAAGUACUCAGCCAUUUGUACCAGAACUUGUUGGAACCCAGGAGUUUUCAAUUCACAUGGAUGAGUCUGUUGUAGAUUCCAGACCAGGUAGUCCAGUAAUUGACAUACUGACAAUGGAUUUCCCGGCAUUAAGUAACAAUGAUAAUACAGUAUUUGAAAGAAGUCCAACAAUGCCUAGGUUGGGUCUUUUGGGCCAGGAUGACAUGGAUAUAAAUUUUAAUAAAGCAUUGAGAUCAAGUCCAACAAUGUCCAUGAUGGACCUAUAUGGCCAGGAUGGCACGGAUGACAUUAUAAACACUGCUUGGCCCAGGAAUGGACAGGCACAGGCUAGAAAUCACAAUGUCUCCAAAAAGGGCAGUUGUGAUAAAAAAUCGUAUGAUGUAUUUGACCACAAAAAUCAGCCUUCUGCUGUUACCAAGGAGUCUCUUGAUUUGGUGCAUGAAAAUAUCAAACUUCCUAAUAGCAUAACAGACAAUGUGACAUUAACUUCCAUUGUUGAUAAUGAAGCCGCAUAUACUGCUACACAAAUUACCUGUGAAAAGCACUCUAAUAGCAGAAAAGACAUUUUGACAUUAAAUGAAAUUGUUGAUAAUGAGCCCGCAUUUGUUGCUAUAAAAAUUACCAGUGAAAAGAGUUCUAAUAAUAGAAAAGACAUUGUGAUAUUAAAUGAAAUUCUUGAUAAUGAACCCACAUAUGUUGCUACACAAAUUACUAGUGAAAAGCACUCUAAUAGCCGUAAAGACAUUUUGACAUUAAAUAAAAUUGUUGAUAAUGAGCCCGCAUUUGUUGCUUCAAAAGUUACCAGUGAGACCUGUGUAGCAGACAGUUCAGAAACCUUUUAUGAUGACAUGGAUGAUGAGCGAGAAGAUUUGAAAAAGAAUGAACAGGAGCAGGUAGAACUUUUGAAUGAUGAAAAAGAUGCUGUGAGCUCAGGGAGUCCAGUAAUCCCAAGACAAAAAACUCCUUCUUUGAAAAAAGUCUCUCCAAUUCGUACAGAUCGGCUGAAGUGUAGCUGGUUAGACAUUAAAUUCCCAAAAAGUGAUACAAAAUAUGACAAGUCAACAGCGAGACCUAGACAAGUUGUUAUUGUAAGUAGUGCUGACAGUCGGUCGAGCUGUGAAAAUAAAGACACAAAUGAGGGUAGUCUUUGUCCGCCAUUUUGGAAAGAGCUUAAUGAUCUUGAAAUGAGGUUAAGCUGUUUGAAAAGAAAAAGGACAUUGCAUCCAAAACAGUUAUCUGUCAGUUCCUUUGAUUCAGCAUUGGCCUGUUCAGAUAGCAAGAAUAAGGCUAUACGAAGAAGAAUGAAUCCCACAUCCCCAGUACCACUUGGAAAUACAAAUACAAUUUCAAAACUGGGUCAAUUUUUUCAAAACCAAUAUGGAAAGAGAGUUGUGAAUGUUGGUGGAUUAGCAGUGCCUACACACUCAAAAGAUAAUGUUACCCAAAGGACAAACAAUACCGAAGUUGGUUCUAAAGCACCAGGGAAGAAAAGACUGACGGAUUGUGUAUGUGAAGAAGAGUUCAGACAAAGCAGUAGCCCCCAUCAAAAAAGGAGGAAUAUUUAUGAAUGUGAUGAUAGUUCCAGUUGAGAUUUAGCAUUGACUGACGACUCCAGGCUAAGAAAUAUGGUUCUCAGUUACAGUUUUACAUAUUGACCUACUGGAGUGCUUAAUACAGAUGAGCAUUGACCAAUGGUAGUGUUUGUUACAGAUGAACAUUGACCAAUGGUAGUCCUUGUGACAGAUAAAUGUUGACCAAUAGCAGUACUGUAAUUCUUAGAGAUGAACAUUUUUACUGAUGAAUUUUAAUUAUAUUGAUAAGAUUUUAGAAUGUUUUUCCUUGAGCUUACUAUAGAAAAAUGAAAAUGUAUAUUAUCAUUAUAUACAAGAUGUAAGUUAAUUUGUUUCUUUUCUGGACAAUAUUUAAUAUAUAUUUGUGCAAAAACAUGUCUUAAUUUUUCCUGUUAAUAUGUAGAUGUACAAAAUUUAUUGGGAUUCCAAGGCAUCAAUUUUUGUCCCCACCGGUGAAACCGGAGGGGACUUAUGGUUUGAGCUCUGUCUGUCAGUCUGUCUGUCACACUUUUCUGGAUCCUGUGAUAACUUAAAAAGUUCUUCAUAUUGUUUCAUGAAACUUGAAACAUGGAUAGAUGGCAAUAUGGAGAUUAUGAACGUCAUUUUAUUUUGUUCCUACGUCAAGAAUUCUGGUUGCUAUGGCAACAAAUAUAAACAAAAAUAUAAAAAAAUACAAUGGUGGAGUAUCACCGGUAGGGGACCAUAUUGCUUGGCAAUCUCUUGUUUUUAGCUCACCUGUCACGAAGUGACAUGGUGAGCUUAUGUGACCGUGUGAUGUCCGGCGUCCGUAUGUGCGUGUGGGCGUGCGUGCGUGUGUUCGUCAACAAUUUGUUUGUGUAGACAGUAGAGGUCACAGUUUUCAUCCAAUGUUUAUGAAAUUUGGUCAGAAUGUUUAUCUUGAUGAAAUCUGGCUUGGGAAUGUAUUUGGGUCAUCUGGGGUCAAAAACAAGGUCACUAGGUUAAAAACUAGGUCAAAUAAUAGAAAAACCUUGUGUAGACAAUAGAGGUCACAGUUUUCAUCCAAUCUUCAUGAAAUCUGGUCAGAAUGUUUGUCUUGAUGAAAUCUGGAUUGGGAUUGUAUUUUGGUCAUCUGGGGUCAAAAACUAGGUCACUAAGUCAAAUAAUAGAAAAACAAACUGUGUAGACAAUAGAGGUCACAGUUUUCAUCCAAUCUUUAUAAAAUUUGAUCAGAAUGUUUAUCUUGAUUAAAUCUGUGUUGGGAUUGUAUUUAGGUCACCUGGAGUCAAAAACUAGGUCAAUAGGUCAAAUAUUAGAAAAGUCUUGUGUAGACAAGAGAGGUCACAGUUUUCAUCCAAUCUUUAUGAAAUUUGGUCAGAAUGUUUAUCUUGAUGAAAGCUGGGUUGGAAUUGUAUUUGGUUAGUCAGGUGAGCGAUUGAGGGCCAUCAUGGCCCUCUUGCUUUGUUGUUUUGUAAGUUUGAAAAGUAUGGUUCCCGGAAA